UGAGAUAGUAACAGACACUAAGAGAAAGCGAGAGAGAAAAAGAGAGAGAGAUCAAAGAGAGAAAGGGGAAGAGUGUGCAAGAGAAAGAGAGAGAGAGAGAGAGAGAGAGAGAGAGAGAGAGAGAGAGAGAGAGAGAGAAAAGAAAGAGACAGUCUAUACGUGAACCGACAUGGCUUUCUGUCUGAUGUUACAAGCUCUGCUCCUCAACCAACCGACAGGUCUGUGGGGAAUACUGCCACCUCCAAGCCGAAACGACAUCUGGGCCGAUAGAAACAAUGUAAAAUAUUUAGAAAGUAUUGAAGAAGUACGAUCCAAAGCCCACUUCUCCACAGCUUAUAUCACAUAUGGUGGAGAGAUACACUGGCAUGAUGUCCCACCACCGAGACUUGAAGUUCUAGCAAGCAGUCAGGUGUCAAAGCUGGCGCACAAAAAAGCAGCCAUAACAGUAAGUAAGAUGGUUCAAUACAUGCCAAAAGAGAUCUUUGAAUCAAUCACCAAAUCAAAAGGAGUUGGCGUAUUUGCCAAGAGCGAAGGUCCGACGAUUUAUCCAGAAUUUAAGCGAUUUGCUGAUCUGCCGGAGUGCAAAGGUAAAUGUGAUGGACUUUGCCAAAUAACGUGUACCCACGACGGACGCAAAUACGAACGGGUGGCUGGACUGACUCUCUCAAGGAGUGUGUGCUUGGAUCAUGUUGUGCUCUGUGAUGAUCAAGACCCAUAUCGAUCUCAUGAAAACUGUUUGUCCCACGAACUGGGGCACCUCAUAAUGUCGUACAUUCCGAAAAGCUGGACCAAGAAGAUUUACGAAGCUUACCAAUAUGCUAAAAAGAAUAGUAUUUGGGAACUGAAGGCCUAUGCUAUGAGCAAUGCUCAAGAAUAUUGGGCAGAAGGUACCGGGGCCUUUUUUCGAUCUAAUUUGCUCACGUAUGCUGCUGGUAAAAUGAAUAUGUGUAACCAGACAGCGCUGUGCUCAACGGAAAUGGAUGCUCGAGAUAAUCUAAGACGAAGAGACGAGAAAUUGUUUGAAAUACUCUCCUAUGUCUACACAGACAACAGACCUGAACUGAAGAGUGGCAUGAAGACAUGCAUGUGAACCACACACACACACACACACACACACACAAACACACGCACUCGCACAGAGGACAAAUGACAAUAAAACUAUGAUGUAAUACUCAUCACCAAUAAUUGUGAUUUAUUAUCUGGGAGUUAGACUGCGUGUAAGGCGGCGUUGCAUGUAAACGCAUGAGUAAACAUUUAAGAUUAAUGGUUCUCAGCCGGGGUCCGUAUGAGCCCUGGGGAUCCGUAUGAUCCCUGGGGGUCCGUAUGAGCCCUGGGGGUCCGUAUAGAAUUUUUGGGGGUCCACGCAAGCAAAAUAGUAAAC